AUGGUCCACGCGGACAUCUGCGACGACCACGCAGACAAGCAUGUUGCAGACAUUGCGGAGUUGUACGAGCGCAAAGGGCACCAUUACGUCUGUAACUGUGGAACAUAUAUGUCCUACCCGGCAUUAGAAGGGCUCUAUUCCGUACAUGAUGAGCUUGGUUCCGGUGGCUUUGGCAAAGUCAAACUAGCUACUCAUUUGUUGACCGGCCUCAAAGUUGCCAUAAAAAUCAUCGACAAGAAGGCUAUAGGAGAUGAUCUUCCACGGGUUGCAACAGAACUUGACGCACUUAGGACUUUGUCACAUCAGAAUAUUUGUCGGCUAUAUCAGUUUAUUGAGACGGAAGAUAAAUACUAUAUCAUAAUGGAGUACUGUAGUGGAGGUGAAAUGUUCGAUUAUAUUGUAAGGAAGGAGCGACUUGAAGAAUCAGAAGCUCGUCACUUUUUCCGUCAACUAGUCCAAGCUAUGGCUUAUGUCCACUCCAUGGGUUAUGCACAUAGGGACCUGAAGCCUGAGAACUUACUUUUGACGGAGGACCUCCACCUAAAGGUCAUAGACUUUGGUUUAUGUGCUAAGCCAUCUUCGCUUUGUCGACCUCUGGAUACAUGCUGUGGCUCGCCUGCCUAUGCCGCUCCCGAGUUGAUAGCUGGAAAGGAGUAUCUCGGCAAUGAAGCUGAUAUUUGGUCUAUGGGUGUGCUACUUUAUGCUCUUCUAUGUGGAACUCUACCUUUCGAAGACGAGUCAAUGCAAGUUCUAUACCGGAAGAUUUCCAGAGGACAAUACCACGAGCCAGAGUGGCUCAGUCCUAGCAGUCGCACGUUACUUCGAAGUAUGUUGCAGGUCAACCCUCGUUAUCGUAUUACCGUCAAACAGCUACUUGACCAUCCAUGGAUCAACCACAAGUACAGUCAAAAGCUAAAGUGGACUAGCAUUUAUGAUAGGAACGUAGUUGACGAAGAAGUUGCCACCGAAUUAGCCUUUCAUCACAGAAAAUCUCUCGCAGAGAUGACCGAUCUGAUCAAGGAAUGGAAGUUUGACUACCUCACGGCGACUUACUAUCUGCUACUGCAGCAGAAAGGACGUAGGAAGAAAAUAGCACUGCCCCCUCCCAGACCGAAAACGGGUGAAUCACGUGUAACUGCAUCUCCAACAAUCCACGCUUCUCUUGAACAUAAUCUUGAUCUCUCGGGUCUUGACGAUAGUCCUGAUAUUGAUCUAUCCCCGCAAAGUUUUCGAUCUGGAAGCAGCAUCAGUGAGCGUUUUGAUGCGAUGUGGCGACAUAAUGAGCGAGAACGUGGUGGUGGGAGAGAUCAACAAAGAACAACCAACAGAGCAGCUGAAAAAACCUCAUAUAUGAAUGCAAUAUUUGAUACUCCAACUGUUUGCACUGGUAGAUCUCCUCAGCAGAAAUUGUCUUACAACUCUCCAACACCUACAAGCUCCACUCCAUACAGAGCAGCACAAAAACCUUCUGCACGUGGGCAGGGUAGCUUUGGUUGUGAUUCAAGCUAUGAUAAGGAGAACUAUCGCACAGGAGCAGCCAGCGUACGAGUUCGUGGACCAGUCAAAAUCAUAGAUGAACGUGGUACAAGGCCUAGAAGUAUAUACACAACUCCGCAAAGGCCCGCACUAAAAGGAUUAUUCAGUCCGAGAGGCUCGCGACAACGCGCGCGGUCUUCGGAGCGGUCUACUGCUGAGUCUCCCGCGUUUUCUGGCGGAAAGACACCUUGUGAUUCCACUCGGCAAGCAAGAUCCACAGCCAAGACACCUAGAUUGAAGCAGAGGGUGUUUGCUUCACUGGAGCGUAAAGCAGAUCGUGUAAUAAAUCUCCUGACACCUAGAAAACUCAAAACUGAUUCUCCUCAAAUACUGAAAACUGUGGAGGGAAAAAUUAACGUAUCUGUCACUAACUCCGUUGAUCCAGAACGCAUCAGACAGGAGCUGAUAAAAGUGUUCGAACAGCAAUGCAUCAAGUAUGAAGUGAAUGGAUGGAAAAUCUCUGGAAGGCAGAAGGACAAGGUAGGACAUGCACUGACUGUGGAACUGGAAGUAGUUGUGGUGGAGAACAUUGGAAAGAUCGGAAUUCGAAGGAAACGUUUGUGCGGUGACGCCUUCCUCUACAAAAAGGUCUGUGAACAAAUUUUACGCAUGGCAGGGCUGGAUGCGGAUUAGGGGGUUUACUUGUUUCUGCUUGUUCUAUUCUGUAUUGUUUCUUGUUUUGACAGUCAACAAAAUUUUGCAGACUAAUAUUGUAUAGCAUAUUACUUGCCCUAAAAGCGUUUGUGAUCUAUUAAUGAAUUUGAUUGACCAAAUAAUAGUAUCUUGUACCUAAUUUUCUUUUGCUUCAACCUCCGGUCUAUAUUCUAGAAUAUGAAUCUUUUAUUGUUGAUAAUAGAGAAGAAUUGCACCAUUCCGUUGUUCAGUCUGUUUUCUUUUCUUCCUCUUUAUAUGCUCCUUUAUUGAUUGGUAAGAGAAUACAAACAGUAAACGGCAAUUUUGCGUUUUCGAACUGAAAAUGUUGAUUAGUAACUUGUUUUUUCUUAUUUCGGAACUCCUCAAGUUGGUGGU